GGUGGAGGAGGAGGGAGGGCGGGAGGGAGCCCGCCCGCCGGGGAGGGGGCACCGCGCCGCUGCCGCCGCCGCCAUGGAGGCCAACUGGACCGCGUUCCUCUUCCAGGCACAUGAAGCCUCACAUCACCAACAGCAGGCAGCACAGAACAGUUUGUUGCCUCUCCUGAGCUCUGCUGUUGAGCCACCUGAUCAGAAGCCGAUUCUGCCCUUACCAAUAACUCAGAAACCUCAACCUGCACCAGAAACAUUAAAGGAUGCUAUUGUUGGGAUUAAAAAGGAAAAACCUAAAACCUCCUUUGUGUGCACUUACUGCAGCAAAGCUUUCAGGGACAGCUACCAUUUGAGGCGCCAUGAGUCCUGCCACACAGGGAUAAAGUUAGUGUCACGGCCAAAGAAAACUCCCACCACAAUGGUGCCCCUUAUCUCGACCAUCGCUGGUGACAACAGCCGAACUUCAUUGGUUUCGACUAUUGCGGGCAUUUUGUCAACAGUCACUACGUCUUCCUCUGCCACCAACCCCAGCAGUAGUGCCGGUGCAACCGCCAUGGCAGUGACUCAGACGGUGAAGAAGCCCAGCAAACCUGUCAAGAAGAACCAUGCUUGUGAGAUGUGCGGAAAGGCCUUCAGGGAUGUGUACCACCUCAACCGGCACAAGCUGUCCCACUCCGAUGAGAAACCCUUUGAAUGUCCCAUUUGCAAUCAGCGCUUCAAGAGGAAGGAUCGCAUGACCUAUCACGUGAGGUCUCAUGAAGGUGGCAUCACCAAACCAUACACCUGUGGUGUUUGUGGAAAAGGCUUCUCGAGGUACCAUGUAGAAAAUCCCAGGCCUGAUCACUUAAGCUGUCAUGUCAAACACGUUCACUCAACGGAGAGACCCUUCAAAUGCCAAACAUGCACUGCUGCCUUUGCCACCAAAGACAGACUGCGGACACACAUGGUGCGCCAUGAAGGAAAGGUAUCGUGUAAUAUCUGUGGUAAACUUCUGAGUGCAGCGUAUAUCACCAGCCACUUAAAGACACACGGGCAGAGCCAAAGUAUCAACUGUAAUACCUGUAAACAAGGCAUCAAUAAAACAUGCAUGAGCGAGGAGACCAGCAACCAGAAGCAGCAGCAGCAGCAGCAGCAACAGCAGCAGCAGCAACAACAGCAGCAGCAGCAGCAGCAACAGCAGCAGCAACAACAGCACGUAUCAAGCUGGCCUGGAAAGCAGGUAGAGACACUGAGAUUAUGGGAAGAAGCUGUCAAAGCAAGGAAGAAAGAAUGUCAGUUCACCUUUGAGAAGGCUAUAGAGUACGUACCAUUCGAAGCUGCUAACUUGUGCCAAACCUCCACUGCUGCUACUACGCCUGUGACUCUUACUACUCCAUUCAGUAUAACGUCCUCUGUGGCUUCUGGGACUAUCACAAACCCAGUCACAGUGGCAGCUGCAAUGAGCAUGAGAAGUCCAGUAAAUGUAUCAAGUGCAGUUAAUAUAUCCAGUCCGAUGAAUCUAGGGCAUCCUGUAACUAUAACAAGUCCAUUAUCCAUGACAUCGCCAUUAACGCUCACAACACCAGUCAAUUUACCUACCCCAGUAACUGCUCCGGUGAAUAUAGCGCAUCCAGUCACUAUAACAUCUCCUAUGAACCUCCCAACACCAAUGACGUUAGCUGGUCCAUUAAAUAUAGCAAUGAGACCAGUAGAGAGCAUGCCUUUCCUGCCCCAAGCCUUGCCCACGUCUCCUCCCUGGUAAAGAAUUUCUAAACAGUAUUAAAGAGGAUUAAAACUGAAUCCUUACCAGCAGUUUUUUUUAGUUGUUAAUAAUAAUAAUAAUAAUGAAUAAUAAUAAUGUAAUAAUAAAGUCAAGCUGAGUAACUGGGGCAGUAUGCACCAGUCAGAGACCGUAAUAGCAUCUUUUCCUAUUGAUUUGGCUCAUAUUGUUUGAAUCUGAGUUUGUAACUGAUCACUGGAGCACUUCAUUAAAAGCCAAGUUUUACCUUUAGCUGACAGUGAUGCUGAACCUAGGACAGAUGGUUACUUGCCAGUUACAAAGCAGUCUUUAAGAAUCAGCAUUACUGUUUUACCCCAGAAAUGAUAACCUAGAAAAUAAUUUUAAUCUAAACACUAGCAAAGACCCCCCUUCAUGUCCUUGACAGUUCUAAAUCCACUGUUUCAGAGCUAGUGUAGUAUUUUUGUCUGUGUUAAUGUUUUGUUUUUUUUUAAUGAGUAAAUGCAUUAUAAUGUUGUCAUUUUUUUAAAAAAAAUGCAUUUUGGAGAAAAUAUGCAUUUUACCUUUGGGAAUAUGAUAAUUUCAGGCAGCAUUCCCUAUGGGAAAGGUGAUACCAGCUCUGAUAUGCAAAGCAUAUGAUAACUUAUCAUUCUCACUUCAACAUAUAAUAGGGAUUGUGACCUGAUAUUUGGAGAUGUAAAUAUUACCCAACAUAUUACCCUAAGGGAAUAUAGCAUUGUAGUCAACAUUUAAAAAAAAUAAAAAUAAAACAAUGUUUGGUGAGAAACAGCCAUGGCUGACAGAAGAGGAGUUGAAAUGUAUGUAAACAUGGUCUCUGAAAAGUCAGAACCCUAUGGGACUCUUAUUUAGGAGCAAAAGGAGUGCUUUGAACUUAUGAAAUAUUGCUUUAAGCUGGAAGAUUCUGGAGGCGCUGGGGUAUGAUGUAUAUGCCCUCUCUCUCCCAAUCAGAACCUGCUGAUGAUGCAGCAGGGGACAGAUGUGUUAGUUGUUCACUAGAAGUUUUGUCUUAUAUUAAAUUGUAUACAGUUUUUAUUCUAACCACUAACUAGGUAGGAUGCCCCUUCAGGACAAGCCGAGAGCGUCUUUUAAUUUCCCCCCUAUUUCUUAAUCAAGUGUUGUGCAAAUCUCUUCAACUUUGUAAAUAUUUGCAAACAUCAUCAUUUUUACGUUACUCUUCUAUUGUGUUAACACAUUUCUAUCAAUUUGUGUGGGUUUUGGGGGCGGCAGUCUGAGCUGUCCAGCCCAGAACUGCACCACAAAUGAUCACACAUGUUUAAACUACAUGUGCUUUUUAUUUCUUAACCUGUUUAUCUGUACAUAAAGUAGAAAGCAGAGUCUAGGGAAACAGAUAUACUUUUUAGACUAUCAUGUCACAUAUUCACAUUUUUAAAACUUUGUUUAAAAAGAACCCCCUGAAACCAAGACUUUACAUGGGGGAGGGGGGGGGGAAGAGAAAAAAACGCAACUAAAGUUGCAAUGUUUUUCUCUCAAUUAAGUUGAAAGCAAUGGAGAUUAGUGUGCGUGCAUUUUACAGAAUGCUAGCAGGACUGACUAGUCAAAAUGGACUGCUUCCGUUUGUACCCCACCGUGUCAGUACAAGCAGCAAAUACCAGACUUCUAGGUCAGGUAACAGGUAUCUGUAUCAUUAUGUGAAACAGUUCUAGGGGCUUGGACUACAUAGUAAAACAAAAAACAAAAAAUAGAACUUUAGUGUAAAAUAAUUUUAUAAAUGAUCUUUUGUACUUUAGGACAUCAAAUUGUACAACUUUUGUAUAUAUAAAAGCUUAGGAACUUUCUGUUUAGCAGAAAGGAAACACAUUCCUACACUUUUAAUGUAUAUGUUUGUUAUAAUGUCCAUGUAAACAUAUGCCCUAUGUUUGUGCCUUUUAAUUAGUUUGUCUCAAUAAACAAAAAUGUAGAGAAGAAUAUGUAGCUAUGACUUUGUUACCACUGCUUUUAUUCCAACAGUACAAAAAUCUUUGUUUUUCUCACUGUAGAGCCUUGCGUGCAGACAGCUGCAUGAGCUAGAUUGAUGUGGCCAAAACGAGGCAUGUGAAUCAAAUGCAGCCCAGCAAAAUCCAUCACUCUCUCCCCUUUAGUGUAGUGGCCCAAGCAUGAUGGGGUGUUGCAUGCUGGGAUAUGUAGUCUUCAAGCCUUACAUCUCUAUUAUGGAUGAAAGUGAUUUCAACUUUCAUCAUUUUCACAAAGUAGGUACAGCCUUCUGGCUCCUGGCAAGCUGCUAACAAGACCCGCAAUUAGGUGAAGUUUGGGUGUCACUGAGCUUAAAACCAAUAUGGAAAUGUGUACUAGAAGUGGUUAUCUAUGAAUUACUUAUAAUAAACAGGUGUGAGACUUCA